GAGAUUUCAUCUUGAGGGUAAGAUCCUUAUGUAUGUGUGGACUUUUUCCUGGCUGAAUAUCUUGAAUGAAACAACACAAUAUUACACUUUUGCGCACAAAUAGGACGCGCCAGAUUUUUUUAAAAGGAUUUAAAAUGGCGAUGAAGCUCCUGGAACUUAACUCCUCUGCCUUCUCUGUGUCCCCUUUGGAGAACCAUGAGAACUCUUCCCUGGACUCAAGCCUUCAUCAUCUAUUCCCUGGCCCCAACAUUACCUACGUGGACUUCUACCUCCAUGAACCCUCUGUGUCUGCCAUCUUCAUUGUGUCCUACCUACUCAUCUUUAUUGUGUGUAUGGUGGGCAAUGGAGUGGUGUGCUUCAUUGUGCUCAGAAGCAAAAACAUGCGGACCGUCACCAACCUGUUCAUCCUCAACCUGGCCAUCAGUGACCUGCUGGUUGGCAUUUUCUGCAUGCCCACCACUCUAGUUGAUAACAUCAUCACAGGAUGGCCAUUUGGAAGUUUGGUGUGCAAGUUGAGUGGAAUGGUGCAAGGAAUAUCAGUGUCUGCUUCAGUAUUUACUUUGGUAGCCAUUGCUGUGGACAGGUUCCGCUGCAUUGUCUAUCCCUUCAAGCAGAAGCUCACCAUCUCCACCUCCACGCUUAUCAUCAUUAUCAUCUGGGUCUUGGCCAUCUCCAUUAUGUGUCCAUCUGGCGUCAUGCUCCAGGUCACCAAAGAGCGCCGGGUUUCCAUCCUGCUGGGUGAUGGCAAUGCCACUCGCCCGUUCUACUGGUGUCGUGAGAACUGGCCCAACCAGGAGAUGCGAAAGAUCUACACCACUGUCCUCUUUGCCAACAUUUAUCUGGCCCCGCUGACCCUCAUUGUCAUCAUGUAUGCUCGCAUCGGGAUUAUGCUCUUCAAGACGGCCGUUCCUGCUUGUGCAAAUCAAGCUGGUGGUUCUGGUUCCGGUGCUGGAUCUGGCUCUGGAAAAGCAGUUGUCUAUGAGGGCAGAGCUCACACUGUGUCACGGAAAAAGAAACGUGUGAUUAAGAUGUUGCUGGUUGUGGCUCUGCUCUUCAUCCUGUCCUGGCUGCCUCUGUGGACACUAAUGAUGCUGAGUGACUACGCCAGCCUAACUGAGCACCAACAUCGGGUCAUUAACAUCUACGUAUACCCGUUUGCCCACUGGCUGGCAUUCUGCAAUAGCAGCGUCAACCCAAUCAUCUAUGGGUUUUUCAAUGAGAACUUCCGUCGAGGGUUCCAAGCCGCCUUCAAGCUGCAGUUUUGUUCAGCCCAGCGUGGCAAAAGGAAGACCUACUCACACCGUGUUCAGGGAAAUGCAGUUCUGCCUACAAACUUGCACUUGACCCAGGAGUCUGAGGUUGGACCUGGGGGUUGUAAGCCAGGGCUGGGUCUGGGCCAGGGAAUUGGAAUAGUGAGAAAUGGGAAAAGUCUGGGUGAGUCCAGCCACUCAUCACAGAAGGAGAAUUUAAAAGAACAGGAUCUGAUCAUGGAGGAUCUAGAAAAGGUCAGGUAUGACAUUUAAGAUGACAUCUUUUUUUUUAAAGGAUUUUUUUUUCUUUUUGAUCAGUGAUUCCAGAAUACCUAGUAAACCUUGGAGUUGAACUGUAACAUCUGAUGGUUUUCUGAAAUUGUGGCCUUUUUUAUUUUUUUGCUGAUUGAAUUGCAGUAUAAGAUCAGAGGACCUGAGGCACUCAUGUCAGAGGCACAUUGGAAAGCAACAUGUCUGCAACUGUGAACAACAAAUGACAAGAAUCCUCUUUAUGUGGAUUGACACUAGAUUGGAAAAGAUGAGAAUGGCAGUGCAUCUCAUUGCUUGGCAGAGCAUGCCUUGUGUCAUGACCAUGAACUCCUGCCUCUUCUGACUUGAGAAGACCAGCCGAAGGGGCAUAUAAAACACCAAGUAAAUGUAGAGACUACUAAUACGUAAGGACAUAUUCGUGGGUGUCAUGAAUGAACUUGCCUGAAUGGAGAGGAUGGAAGUCUUUCAUUGUGGAAAUGGAAAUGAACCCUGUCCUGGCGCUGUUUUCUAAGAACACUGCCUGUCACAGACAGUGAGGUUUAGUGUGCACCCAAAAGUUGAAUGAGUCAUGAAAUAAGUCCAAAGGGGAAAGCUGUCACAACUGUCGCUGACCAUUUCCUCUGAUGUUUAUAGAUGGAGUACACUUUACUCUCUCUCCAGUAAUUCUCAUUAUUUUGUUCAUAAAAAGAAGAUGAAGUUUACACAUGUGUUUUCACACACAGUCUGUUUCCUCACAAUAUUGUGCUGCUAAAAUAUCCUGUGUGAUGUCUUUUAAAAGAUGUAAAGAGAUUUAUUAUCAGUGUGAUAUAGUGACGUGAAAUCCAAGCCUUAAAAGGGAAUUCUGUUAUUUCUUAACAUUUCUGCAUAAUUCAGUUAUUAGAAGUAAAUAAAGUUAUUUAGAGACAUUUAAUGUUAAGUACUCCCUUUUAGAGAAAGUUAGUGUCAGAACUGUUUACAAUUACCUGAUGCCUGAGACAUUGUGUUACAAUAGAUUUGAGAAGUUUUUGGCCUAAAAUGUGCUUUUAAAGUUAAAGGAGAGGAAGGUAGUUCCCAAAGGAAACCUUUUUUUAAGAUGUAUCACUAUUUUACAAUUGUCAACAUUAGAAUCAAAAGCAUAGAAUAUGCAUUGGUUGUAAAAUGGCUAUAUUUGUGUUGUAGACAUAGCAACCCAUGUUUCCUAUCAUUACCAUUGUAUAGAAAAUCUGAUGUCAUAUGUUUCUUUAGAAUGCACCAUUUCACAUCAAAACUUUAAAAAUGUCGUUUACAUCUCAGAGACGAUAGCGUUAAACAGAUCAGGUGAUGUUAAAGCAAUGGUCCUUCAACAUCAAGCUUUCGGUUUGUGACAUCUACAAAUGACAAAUGUUUUUUGACUUUUAUGAUAUAGAAGUGAAAUUUGUGAAGUGAAAAUGUUGCACUCUGAGAACAAUACAGGGAGCAGUGAUAGAUUUGCUGUGAAGCUAAAAGAAAGGAGGAUUGUGUUAGUCUUGAAGCUUUAAUUA